AUGUUCUUCCGCGCCCUUUCCGCCCUCCUCUUCCUCACGCUCAUUAUCGUAUUAAUUCCUCUCACGUUUGACGUCGGCGGACGCGAUGCUGGCCUUGCCUUCUCCCUCUCCAUCGCAUCCUUCUACUUCUUCCUGUCGCUGCUACGAAUCUCGACGCGGGAUGAGCCAGGUUUUAGGAGGACCAUAGUCGACAUCCUGCGGGGACUCCAGUUGCUCGUCUUGCCGAUCCUGUGCAUCUGGGCUCUCGGAAGAUUCUCAGUCGAUGCAGACAAUAGCUCGGGCUGGGUGGAAAGAACAUUCCGCACAAGCAAGGAUUUUCUCAAACCCAGCUCGUCGCUUUGGCUGUCCAUUUUUGGAAGAGAAGGUCUGCUGGAGAAUGUGACACUCGGUGGAUGGGAUGUCAUGUUGCGAUGGUCGUCGCCAAUUUUUCAGCUUCUCGAGGGUUUCUGCAGUCUCCUAGUCAUUCAAGCCAUCGGGCAAUUCUCUCGAUGGUUGGUCAACAGGAGUGAAUGGAGCGAUGCCUGGCUUCUUGCCCUGCUUGCUGCUUCGGCCGGAGUCGUGUCAAGCUCGGUCUAUUUCCUCUGGCGAGUCCUGCAGUUUCCAGACAUCUCAAACCUCGACUCCACUCUCAUUGGCAUUGCCAUUGCGUCGGCUAUAUUUCUCUGCGGCUAUGGAGUGGUUUCUGGUCGUGGCACGGCAACUGAAUCGUCUCUGCUCUUCGCCUACAUCGUCCUGUGCAUAUAUCAAAUCUUCACAGACUACAAGCCCAACAUUCCACACGCAGAAGCUGGCAUGGCAAGCUCGGCCCCCGAUUUUCCACCCUUCCCACCGAUCAUCAUGUCUUCUUACACAGCUCUUAUGGAUGCACUGUCAUCCCUUCCACGGGCCCUAGUUAACGCGCUUGACUUCAUUGCAGCAGCUUUCAAAGCGGUCACACCAUCGGUGCUCAUCUCUCUGGGUUACCGACUGUUUGUCUUCUACUCUUCCACGCGCAUCAUUCCAGCGAUCAACGAAAGUGGUGCCAGCGGGCUGAGUAUCGAGCCGUCUCUGGAAGAUUCCAAUGCAGCGAACCAAUUUUUGGCUUUUCUCUCGUGGUUCUCACCCAGUAUUCUCAUCGCCGUUUACACAAGCCUCCUCAUGCAGCACUUCGCCACAACUAUGGGUGGUUAUGCCCCGGGUCUGACGGAAACCAUUGGUGCUUGGUGGAGCGGCAACGGUCAACCAGUGAUGAAUGGCAAUCUAUGGAAAUGGGUCAAUUUGGUUGGGACCAUGUCCCUCUAUGCUAUCGAGUUGUGGUUAGGCAAAGAAGACGAUAUGAAUGGUGAACAUUGGAAGGUUGAUUGA